GGUUGCUCCAUGCCCUGGGCUGGUUCCAGUUCUGGGGCAUCCUGAGGUGCAAGGGGGGGGUCACCAGGGCCAUCCACGGUCCCAUCACUGGGCGGGGCAGUGACCUGGCCCCAGACUUGAUCUCGUCCAUGAUCUCAUCAUUGGAAAGGAUCUGGCCUCAGUCCUAUCCGUGGUCCUAACACAGGGGUAGAGAGAUUUCCAACUCCGGUCCCAGCCCUGUUCCCAUUCAUGGUUCAUUACAGAGGUAGCAGAGUCCUGCUCCAGUCCUAGCCCCAGUUCCAUCCAUUGUCCCAUCACUGGAGCAGUGGGGUCCUGCUCUGGUCCCAGCCCUGGUCCUGUUCAUAGCCCCACCAUCCCGGUGGGGGUCCAGCUCAGCCCUCAGCUUCAGUCCCUUCCACCGCGCUCCCAGCCCUGGUUCCAUCCAGGUUCCUAUCAUCCUGGAGGAGCCCAGUUCCAGUCCAUCUCCCAGUCCCAUCCAUGGUCCCAUCACCAUGGAAAGUCGUCUGAGUGGGACCACCGAUGGUCAUACUACCAAGUGGGGGGAUCCUGCUCUGGUCCCAGCCCUGAUCCCAUCUAUGGUUUUGUCAUUAGAGUGAGGGUCCAGCUCUGGUCUCGGCCAUGAUGCCAUCACCAGCGUAGUAACUGGAAGCCAGUCUCAGUCCCAGCUCUGUCAUUGCAGGGAUCUGGCCCCAGUCCCAUCCAUGGUCAUAUCACAUUGUGGGGGGAGGUCCAGCUCCAGUCCCAGCCUCAGCCCCAGCCACGGUCUUAUCACCAUGGUCUCACCACCGAGUGGAGUUCCUGCUCUGGUCCCAGCCCCAGUCCCAUCUACAAUACCAACAUUGGAAGGGGAUCCACUUCUCAUCUCAACCAUUGUCCCAUCACCAGAGCAAUGCUUGGGAGCUCAGCCCUGGUCUCAUCACUGGGGGAGCCUGGUCCCAGUCCCAGUCCCAGCUAUGAUCCCAUCAUCCUGGGUGAGGAAGGGGGGGAUUAUAACUUUGGUCCCAUCUAUGGUCCCAACACUGGUGGGGUCUAUCCCUAGUUUCAGCCCUAGUUCCCUCACUGAGGGGGUCCGGGUCCCACCCCAUCCCCAAUCUCAUCCAUGGCCCUGUCAUUGGGGUGUCUAUCCCUACUCUCAGCCCUGAUCCUAUCCAUGGUCUCGUUGUUGGAGGGGGGUUCUGUUCCAGCCCCAGCCCCAGCCCCGGUUCCACCAGUGAAUGGGUCCAACUCCCAUCCUAUCUCCAGUCCCAUUUAUGGUUCCGUCACCGAGGGGGAUCUAUCCCUAACCUCAGCCCUGGCCCUAUGCACGGUCCCUUCGUUGGAGGGGGGUCCAGCUCCAGCCCCAGUCCCCUCCCAACCCCUCACGGGGGCGACCUGGAGCCGCUCCCAGCUCCGGCCCCGAUCUCACCCCAACUCCCUGGGCGGGGAACCCGGCGCCGUUCCCGAUCCCACUCCCAGCCCCGGGGGGGGCGGUGCAGUCCCAGGUCCGCCCCCUCCGUCCCCACGCGGCCGUCGGGAGCCGCGGAGCAGCCGCAGGCGGUGGGGAGCCCGAGCCGGGGCAUGAGCGGAGCGCGGCGGGGGCAGCGGCGCGGAGCGGCCCGGCCCGGGUGAUGGCGAACGUAUCAACUCCUCCAGCCUGGACCAGAGUCAUCAACACCUCCCUUGUCCCGGGCAGUGCCGACAACAACACCUACAGGUGUGUGUUUGAUGAGGACUUCAAGUACGUCCUGCUGCCCGUCUCCUACGGCAUCGUGUGUGUGGUGGGGCUCUUCCUCAACCUGCUGGCCCUCUACGGCUUCAUCUUUAGGAUCAAGACCUGGAAUGCCUCCACCACGUACAUGUUCAACCUGGCCGUGUCCGACACGCUCUACGUGGUCUCCCUGCCCCUCCUGGUGUAUUACUAUGCCAUGGGGGACAACUGGCCCUUCGGAGUGGGUUUGUGCAAGAUAGUCCGCUUCUUGUUUUACACCAACCUCUACUGCAGCAUCCUCUUCCUCCUCUGCAUCAGCAUCCAUCGCUUCCUGGGCAUCUGCUACCCACUGAAGUCCCUGCAGUGGGGACACGUCCGCUACGCCCGUAGAGUGUCGGUCAUCGUGUGGGUGGUGACCGUGGUUUGCCAGUUGCCUGUUCUCUUCUUUGUCACCACCAGCAUGAGACGUGGCACCAUCACCUGCCACGACACAUCCAGCAAAGACCUCUUCGGCCAGUUUGUCAUUUACAGUUCGGUGAUGAUGGUGCUUCUCUUCUGCAUCCCCUUCCUCAUCAUCAUCGUCUGCUACUGCCUCAUGGCCCGCAGGCUGCUGCAGCCCACGCGGGGCAUGUCCCGGCUCUCCCGAUCCAAAAAGAAGUCGGUCAAGAUGAUAAUCAUUGUCCUGGUGGUCUUCAGUGUUUGCUUUCUUCCUUUUCAUGUCACUCGUUCCUUGUACUACUCCUUCCGGAGCUGGGACUUGAGCUGUCAGACCCUCAAUGCUAUAAAUUUAGCCUAUAAGGUAACCCGGCCCCUAGCCAGCACCAACAGCUGCUUGGAUCCCGUACUGUAUUUCUUAGCAGGACAAAGAUUUAUGAAGCUCACAGGCAACAAAAUCCCAUGGAAGCCUCAAAAUGAGAUGGCAAUGGGGUCUGUGCCCAACGGUCCCCUUGGAACCAGCAAUGACACGGUCACGACCUCCAAGGACGUGAUGUCCUAGCUCUGCCCCACACCCUGUGGCAGUGGAAGGGUUCAUCCCACGUGUGACGGGAGGUGAGGAUGCUUCAGGGCCAGAGGCCUUUGGUGUUUGCGGUGCCUUGGCUCCCAUGCGUGUUGCUGUUUGGAGCAUGUUUUUUCAGGGAGGUGCUGCCACGGUGGUAGGGGCAGACGCUGUCCCUUUGCCUCUUUCCCUGCUGUUCAUCAGCACGUGGCACCUCCCCAGCGGUCAGCCUGGGUGACCUUCCAGCAUGGCUACAAAAUCUGCUAAGAUUCACACCCUGGAUGCUUUAGACUGUUUUCUAAAGGAGAAAACGCUGCGUGCAAGAAGUCCCAUAAAGAAACCAGUCUGCUUUCCUCCAGGUUUCCUGGCCCAUAAGGAGCGUGCGUUUAUCAGAAGUCUUUCCAUGCCUUGGCAAGGGAAAAAAGACUUUUGAUUCAUGGGGAGUGUCAGCUGCGGUUGUGAUAAACAGGUCGAUUAAAAGGUCAAGUGCAAGCAAUGCCUGCGGUGGGGAUGGGACACCUGCUGCUUUGCAUCCCUGGAGAAAUAACUGUGGCAUCAUGAAGAUUGGAAGAGCCCUCUGAGAUCCCCAAGCCCAACCCCAGCCCACCCCAACACGUCCCUCAGUGCCACGUGUGCCCGAUGGUGACCCACCACCUCCCUGGGCAGCCUGUGCCAGUGCAUUACCACUCUUUCUGAGAAGAAAUUUUUUCCUUAUUUUCCAACCUGGACUCCAACCCUGGUGCAACUUGAGGCCAUCACCUCUCAUCCUAUCGCUGUUACCUGGGAGAAGAGAUUGACCCCCACCUCGCCUCAACCUCUGUUCAGCUAAUGCCCUCCCAACUCCAGUCCCUUUCUGAAGGAUUCCCAUUUAAAGGGGUGCUGGUGGGGGGCACUUCCCAUCCCACUGGGGUGUACUGACACCAGCAAGUGGGUCCCCAGUUUCUCCAGUGAGGUCAACGUCACAGAGACCCACUGUUGUUUCCCAACGGCAACAUCCACCUCUGAAAAGCUUGUAGGGACUGGUGGCUCUCUCUGUGCUGCUGCCUUCAAUAGUCACCUCCAGCUCUGUGAAAGUGAGGGUGAGCUCUUUGUGCUUCGUUUUUAAUGGUCUUACAAGCAGCUCAUGGUUCUGGCAAAGCAGCGAAGACCAUUGCCCAUCUCCUUGGCUCAGUGUUGAUGCAUCCCAUCACUGUUUCUCAUUGUUGCCCAGAGCUGUGGUGGAUGCCCCAUCCCCGGAGACAUUCAAGGUGAGGCUGGAUCAGGCCCUGGGCAGCCUGAUCUAGCUGCCCACGUCUCUGUUCACUGCAGGGGAGUUGGACUAGAUGAUAUUUAAAGGUCCCUUCCAACUCUUAAGGAUUCUGUGAUUCUAUGAUCAUCCCGCAUGGAGCCACUUGGCAUGUCCCAUACUGACAGCGUGGGCCAUCAUAGGGAAAUAUGGCAGAGCUGACCCUGCUUCUAGGAGCCAUGCCUGCAAACGGAGUGCUGAGCUUAACCCCAGCCCUGUAUGGAUGCAGGCUUGCAUCCCCCACCAGUUCCAGGUCAGCUGGAGGGAAGAGCCACCAAACCCUUCACCAGAAGGUCCACGUGGCCCAUCUCUCUCAUUGCCAGGUUAAGAACUGGAGAGCCCAGGCCCACGGUUUCCUGGCCCAGCCCUGCCACGAGGAUGCUGAUUCCUCACCCCCAAAAAAUGAAAAUUGCUCCUUCUGCAAAACUGGCUGAGUCCUAUUUCUUAUAAGUGACCCAGGCUCUAUUUUAGGGUUGGGCAAACACUUUUGGUCCCAGUUUAGACCGAUUCCUCAGACCUCUUAGUUUCUCCCGUCCCUCCUCCCUGUGAAGUGGCUUGGUCAAGUAAAGACACGGAGAUAAAGAAAUAAUUGGGACAUUCCUGUGGUCCCUGCUCGGUGGAAUCGUGGUCCCAUGGAGGGCUUUUGUCCUGACCCACAAUAUCACAGCCACAGAAGACAAAGGAGAGGACUGUCUCCAUCCCGAGCACCACCAGCAAAGAAAAACAGGGCAUUUGUAGGGUGAGUCAUCUCAUCCUGGAGAGGAUUGUUAGGGGGGGUUGGCUUAAGAUAGGCGUUGCACCUUUUCCUCCCCGUGGAGCUUCAUGGGAAGGGUUACAGGCAGUCACCAAGGUGAGACAAAUAACAGAGCAAUGAAUCCAAGCAAAGCACUGGGCUGGUACGAACCUUACUCCGGGCCAGGUCCUACCUGCUCACCCACUGCUGCCCAAAAGCAGCGUGAGCACUGAGCUGUGUGCUCUGAGUAACUCAACAAAACCGUGCUCCCAACUCUCCCCUUCAGCCCGGUCAGCACUCCCACCCUCACCACCGCUUUUGGGUUCUCCCCCAGCACGGUUCAGGUGGAGAGCGGCUGCAGUGGUACCGACUGGAAAUGUAAAUACAGGUUUUGUGUUUGUUUGUCAAAGCACUAACUUAUACACACACACACACAAAAAAAAAAAAAAAAAAAAAAGAA